AGGCUAUUAGGAGCCAUGCAAUCGGAGCAUCUGGAACCCGAUGGUAGGGUCAGGGCAGGUCAGGGGCUUCAGAGGAGAGGAGGAGCCUUUAUCAAAGCAUGUUUCAUGUGCACAGUUUGUUUGCCCCAAAUCAUUGCUUGAGUCUUGCACCCUAGGAAUUCCUACAGACGAUGUACAGGAAAGCUCUGUGGAGCUUCAACAGAAAGGGGACCACGUCUGGAGGGAAGGGCGGCAAGACCCACCUUCCUUAUCGAAAGGAACUUGGUUCUGCAGGUCGUAGCAUUGUCAAAGAAGAGUGCUUGCUUUUUGAUGUCGGAGGAACUCUGCCAAACCUCCCAGGAUAUCCAGGCAUGCAGCUGUAGAAUGUAACUCAAGAGAGCUGGCUCUCCUGUUGGAAAAAUCUUUUUGAGCGGGUUUGCUUUUAGUUGCCGUCAUCUUGCAAGAAAAUCUGACAGCGUCUCCUUUAGGAAUCGCACAUUGAAAAAUAUCGGCCUCGUGAAUCUAGUUACAUUCGCGAAUCUGUACCAGCAGCAGCAAGUUUCCUGUCUUUUUGAAUAGCAGCAUUUCAGCUCAUUCCCUUUGACGUCACAUCGCAAUACGACAUCUCUCAAGGGCUUGUCACAAGGUGGUUCUAAGGAUAGGUUUAAAACUGCAUCCGCAAAGGGGGGGGCAUGACCUUUUGUUGGUUAUCUGCCGUAGCGGAGAAGAUUCUAAGCUCGACCAGGCUCUUUAUCCAGAGUGACCCCUGAAACCAGAGUUGGUCAGACAAAAAAAAACUCCAUAACUAGAAUGGACACCUAUCAGCAACACAUCCAGCUGCCCCAGACUGGGCCUGCGUUAUUUGCCUGGCCCCCUGGGGAGCCGCAAACGAGACCGGAUGCAAAGCGGAAACUAGAGCCGGAUGCAAAUGAGGUUGUGGAGCGGCUGAAUGGCUUCGUACUGUCGCCCAACUCAUUGAAGAAGCGCCGGACAGGGGAGGCUGUAGAUGUGUCGACUGCCCCCACGUUGAUAGGUUCCAGCCUGCCCCAACAGGGAUUCGAUGGGGCGGCGCUGGAGAUCGAAGUAGAUCCAGGACAGUCAGGAGACGACGUGCAGCAACGCCCGUUCAUGGUGCAACUCCCAUCCUCCAGCUCCCCUGACGGCAGCCCCCCGCGGGGGACACAAAAUGCCAUCAUACCGUAUCCAACUGGAAACAUCUUUCCAGGUUCGACGGUCUUCCAACCUCCUGCUGCUCCUUUUGGGGGCAAUUCUGAUCUGAUGCAAGCUCUGGACUUGAAAGGCCGUGGCGGCGCUGAGGCUUCGGCAGCACUUGACAUCCCCCGGCGGCUCGUCCGCAACAACUCGUGCUCCUCCCUCCCCCGGUCGCUUUUCUUCAACUUUUCGGGGGGGGAGUCGACCGCGACUGAGAUGGAGGAAGACUCAGACGACGACCCCAAUAGUAAGGCGGUAAUACCCUGGGCGCCCCCCCCGUUUGUGUUGCAGGGGGUUCUGGGGGCAUCGAGAUCAAGGCCGGACCAGCCAAAAGAGGAGGAGAUGGAGGAUGUCGGGGGGGUGUCAUAGGGUCUUGUGUGGAGUGGGUUUUCUGCAUUGCUUGUGUAUGAGAGCGUUUGUAAAGUGUCUUGUAUCAAAAAGAGGUUGACAACGAACAGAUGUGCGGAGACUGUUGAAGUAACAGGGGUCCGUUGCAGUCCUUCGUAACACCAGUGUAAAAGCAGACACACUAAUCUAUAAAAUGAUCUAUGGAGGGGUAGGAUUUAUGCCCAAACCCCUCUGAGUUGGGGGUCGAAACACGAUCCCGAGGAUGAUCGAACGCUAGUUUUCGUAGCUCAUUGUACCGGAGGCAUUCUGUGGAUGAGGCCACGGUGUCCCAACUUUCCAGUGCAGAUUGAAAAUUGCGUCUUCGCUGACUUCGAACCCGAAGCUUCCUGCCACGGUGCUUCAUUCUUAACCUUUAUCCCGC